AUGGCCGAGCGGUGGUAAUGGGUUGUGGUAUGCAUCGCUGGUGGAUUUGCAAUCACGGCGCAGCACGGAUGGCCUAGCAAUGGCCGAGUAUAACAUCGAUAUCGGCAAGCUGCCGGAGGACGUACGGGAGAAGCUCGCCGAGUUAGACCUCGAGCUGUCCGAAGGAGAUAUUACACAAAAGGGUUAUGAAAAGAAACGGACGCGUCUACUUCAGCAAUACGCUUCGAAGCAGAUAGGCGGUCGACUAGCGCCUGGAGGAAUCGCCAGUCCCGCGAGUUCUGGCGGCUCCACAGGGAACGUUGGGAACUCGAAUUCUGCUACUGCGGCAGCGGCAGCGGCAGCGGCGGCGGCAGCUAGACGCGGUAAUCGCAGACUGACACGCAAUGAGAGCCGUUACCAUUCCGAGGUACGCCAGGAGGCAGUGCAGCAGGCUUUAGCGGCAAUGCAGGGACGACCAAAACCAUCCUUACCAAUGCCAUCCAAAAGAACCUCCGUGAUGGCCAGAAGUCCCGAUCGAGAGAGAUGCAAUAGCGGCGAAUCUAGUAGUGACGAGGAUAGCGUUGUCACUGAGGAGAGUCCAGGCGCAGGUGGUCCAACCGGUACCGGUCUUUCGGAUACCAGUAGUACUGGUUCCGCUCGCGAUACUCCACCUCCGCCCAGACCGCCGGCUAGGAGGCCGCCUGGCGCCGACAUCACUGACAUCACUGAAUACACGCCACAUGCCUAUUGUAAUAUUCAACCGCCGGACGUUACUCAUGUGACGAGCAGUACCCCGAUCAGUCAGCAGCAAUCGGCAACGCGGCGACCUGGUGCUGACCGGGUGAAUCGUUAUGCGCACGUGGUUGAAGAUCAAAAUAGCACUGGUACCACAGGUCGCUGGAAAGUCUCUGCAAAGAUUCAGCAACUAUUAAACACGUUGAAACGGCCGAAGCGUCGGCCGCUACCAGAAUUUUACGAGGACGACGAUAUCGAACUGGAGAUCGCAGCGAAUCCAAAGGAUCCAAAUGCUCCCAAACCCGAAGGUGGUUCCAUGACAUCGGCGGUAGGCGAAACACUAUCAGUGCCAUCAGGGUUACCACGAUCUCUCGAAGCUGCCAUUCAGAGGUAUGGCUCAGCGACAUACAAGGCGCCCGUCGCUACUGUCCUGGAUCCUAAUGGCAAGCUUUGCGUAACGCUUACAUACGGUAAAUUGUUCAGUCGUUCUCAUAAGAUUGCCUAUACCCUUCUGAAUAAGGCUUUAAGUCGCGGAGGAGAUUGCUGUCUGAAACCUGGCGACAGAAUCGCCCUGGUUUAUCCGAAUAACGAUCCGAUUAGUUUCAUGUGCGCCUUUUAUGGCUGUCUUCAAGCCGGAAUCGUGCCAGUGCCCAUUGAAGUACCUCUGACUCGUCGUGAUGCAGGUUCUCAACAGAUUGGAUUUCUUUUAGGAAGUUGUGGAAUUCAGGUGGCGUUGACCAGUGAAGCAUGUCUAAAAGGUCUGCCAAAGACGGCAGCUGGCGAAGUAAUAGCCUUUAAAGGCUGGCCAAAACUGCAUUGGUUCGUUACUGAGCAUCUAGGCAAGACACCCAAAGAUUGGCUACCGCCACCACGGCUUACCGAUGACACGCCCGCAUAUAUUGAAUAUACUACCGAUAAAGAUGGCUCCGUGAUGGGUGUGACUAUUACUAGGGCGGCAAUGAUGGCUCAUUGUCGUGCUCUCACACAGGCUUGCGGUUACACCGAAGGCGAGAAUGCUGUCUGCGUGCUUGACUUUAAGCGGGAAGUCGGCCUUUGGCACAGUACUUUAACCAGUGUACUAAAUGGCAUGCAUGUCAUUUUCAUCCCUUAUGCUUUGAUGAAGGUUAAUCCUGCUAGUUGGAUGCAGAUGAUUACGAAGCAUCGUGCCAGCGUCGCGGUCGUAAAAUCGCGAGAUCUUCACUGGGGUCUGUUAGCAACUAAGGAUCACAAGGAUGUUUCUCUGGCGUCGUUGCGGUUACUACUCGUUGCAGAUGGCGCAAAUCCCUGGUCUCUCUCGUCCUGCGAUCAAUUUCUCUCAGUGUUUCAAUCAAAAGGACUCAGACCAGAUGCUGUCUGUCCUUGCGCUUCCUCAAGCGAGGCCCUCACAGUAUCCGUACGAAGGCCAGGACGCGCAGGAGUAAAUGCGACUGGUCGUGGAGUUCUCUCUAUGUCCGGUCUGAGUUACGGAGUUGUUAGAGUAGAUCAGGAGAAUUCUCUUACAUCAUUAACACUACAAGAUUGCGGACAAGUCAUGCCUGGAAGUGUAGUAGUCGUUAUUAAGAUGGAAGGACAGCCAUUUAUUUGUAAGACGGACGAAGUAGGUGAAAUUUGCGUGCAUAGUGCAGCGACUGGUAGCCAAUAUUGGGGCUUGCAAGGGCUUACUAACAAUACCUUCAAGAUAUUGCCCUUACAAGUCGAUGGUACUACCUUGAGUGAUGUAGAAUACACGCGUUCUGGCUUGUUGGGUUUUCUUGGUCCUGGAGGACUUGUGUUUGUCUGCGGAUCGCGGGACGGUCUCAUGACGGUGACUGGCAGGAAACACAAUGCCGACGACAUUAUUGCCACUGUGUUAGCGGUCGAACCAAUGAAAUUUAUAUACCGCGGUAGAAUCGCCGUUUUCAGUGUGAGAGUUCUUAGGGACGAAAGGAUAUGCGUCGUAGCCGAACAACGGCCUGAUUGCAGUGAAGAAGAGAGCUUCCAAUGGAUGUCUCGAGUAUUACAAGCGGUGGACUCGAUCCAUGCAGUAGGAAUAUAUUGUCUUGCCUUGGUACCACCUAAUUAUUUACCCAAAACGCCAUUAGGUGGCAUUCAUCUGUCGGAAACGAAACGCCGCUUUCUCGAGGGUACUCUCCAUCCGGCUAAUGUGCUCCUCUGUCCUCACACAUGUGUCACUAAUUUGCCAAAACCGCGCGAAAUCCAUUCAGCGGGGGAUUCUGUUGCAGAUGUUGGACCGGCCAGUGUUAUGGUAGGAAAUAUUGUCCAAGGCAACCGAUUGGCUUCUGCCCAGGGACGAGAUAUGGGUGUCUUAGAUGAAGAUAGUGAUAAUGCUAAAAAGUACCAAUUCAUUUCCGAAAUUCUACGGUGGCGCGCUGUCAGUACUUCGGAUCAUGUGAUAUUUACGUCGUUAAACGCGAAGGGCACCGUGGCUACCUCAUUGUCCUGCUCGCAGUUGCAUAAGAAAGCUGAGAGGAUUGGGAAUCUACUCUUGGAUCGAGGGAGGAUUAAUACUGGAGAUCAUGUAGCACUUAUUUUCCCACCUGGUACUGAUCUAAUAUGCGCGUUUUAUGGCUGUUUAUAUGUUGGCGCUGUGCCGGUAACCAUCAGGCCACCUCAUCCUCAAAAUCUCCAAACGACCUUGCCGACUGUUCGCAUGAUUGUGGACGUCAGUAAAUCUGUCCUCGUGUUGACUAAUCAGAAUCUACUCAAAUUAUUAAAGACAAAGGAAGCAAACAACGUGGUUGACGUGAAGAGUUGGCCAAUGAUCUUAGAUAUGGAUGACAUGCCAAAGAAGAAACUACCGGUAAUGUAUCGAGCACCGACCGCGGAAAUGCUGGCCUAUCUCGACUUCAGUGUUUCGACAACGGGCAUGCUCGCUGGUAUCAAGAUGUCUCAUGCAGCAGUUACUUCGUUGUGUCGUGCCAUGAAGCUAGCGUGUGAACUCUAUCCUUCCAGACACAUCGCUCUCUGCCUGGAUCCAUACUCGGGUCUUGGUUUUGCCUUAUGGUGUCUCAGCAGUAUAUAUAGUGGACAUCAUUCUAUACUUAUACCACCAUCGGAGGUGGAAGCCAAUCCUGCACUUUGGUUGUCGGCAGUCAGUCAAUCUAGAGUAAGAGAUACUUUUUGCUCGUACGGUGUUAUGGAGCUGUGCACGAAGGGACUCGGUUCCUCGGUACACACGCUCAAGGCACGAGGCGUCAGUCUGGCAUGUGUUAGAACAUGUGUCGUCGUCGCCGAGGAAAGACCACGGAUCGCAUUAACAACGAGUUUUAGUAAACUAUUCUCCGCACUCGGUCUGAGUCCGCGCGCAGUCUCCACCUCAUUUGGCUGUAGAGUAAACACUGCCAUUUGCUUACAGGGAGCGUCCAGUCCGGAGCCCUCGACAGUCUAUGUAGACCUUCGUGCAUUGCGUAAUGAUCGAGUGUCUUUGGUAGAACGAGGCAGUCCACAUUCUCUGUGCUUGAUGGAAUCGGGCAAAUUACUGCCUGGAGUAAAAGUAAUCAUCGCGAAUCCUGAAACCAAAGGUCAAUGUGGUGACUCGCAUCUAGGUGAAAUCUGGGUACAAUCAUCGCACAACGCGAGCGGUUAUUUUACAAUCUAUGGCGAUGAGAGCGAUUACGCUGAUCAUUUUAACGCGCGACUAGUUACUGGCAAUACAAGCGAAGUCUAUGCGCGAACUGGCUAUCUUGGUUUCUUAAGAAGGACCGAGAGUAUCCAGCAGUCAGUGAUUAGCGACGUACCCGGUGAUACUAAUGUGCCCGAGGCUGAUCUCAUUCCAAGCGAUCCGGAACUUCAUGAUGCCGUAUUCGUCGUUGGCGCUCUCGACGAGGCUAUCCUACUACGAGGUAUGCGCUAUCAUCCAAUAGACAUCGAAAACAGUGUCAUGCGGUGUCACAAGAAAAUCGCAGAAUGCGCUGUGUUCACAUGGACCAAUCUGCUAGUGGUAGUGGUAGAAUUGGACGGUAGUGAAAGCGAAGCCCUCGAUCUUGUAGCUCUGGUGACGAGUGCUGUGCUCGAGGAACACCAUUUAGUAGUUGGCGUAGUAGUUGUAGUGGACCCCGGUGUGGUACCCAUUAAUUCGCGCGGUGAGAAGCAACGGAUGCAUUUGCGUGAUGGCUUUCUCGCGGACCAGCUCGAUCCUAUCUACGUGGCGUAUAAUAUGUAAAUGGAUGCGAGAAAAUGUUCUCACUUUCUAUGUAUUCCGCCCUCCUUUCCGCCGACAAUUCUUAUCCGAUAUAUAUUGAGGCUGCAGUGGAACUUCAUUCACGAGGAUGAUUUGCUCCAAUAAUGAUGGAACGAGCAACUUUAGCAAGAAUUUUAAUUCUCAUUUGCUUUAUUUGAUUACAAUAAUUUACAAAAAGUUUCUCUUUUAUUAUUUUGAACUAGUCAAAAUGUUUCUUAUAGAUUUUUGGAUGCUGAAAAUAA